AUGUCUUCUACCAAUGAAGCGAAUUCUACUGACCCAGGUCGUGGACCUCUUGUAGCCGGAGUCACGUGGACUUUCACAAGUCUUGCUACUAUUGUUGUUGCGUUUCGACUCUACGUUACUACGAAUACCCAACAAAAACUGGUAGUAGAAGACUGGUUCAUGCUCAUGGCGACGAUCUGCCAACUUGGCUUCCAAUCAAUUGUCCAGAAAGGACUUUCCGAAGGCCUCGGAAGACACCAGAGUGACCUCUCCAUCGAGCAGCUACUGACCUCAACCAAGUGGACAUAUAUCUCAGUUGCACCAGCCCUCAUGGUCGGCAUAUUGGCGAGAAUUUCGAUCGCUGUCCUGCUCGUCCGGAUAUUCGGCGGUAAAGGCGGGCAUUGGUGGCUCCGCUGGUUCCUGAUAAUUUUCACAAGUUUUCAGACCAUCAGUGCUAUAUUGAGCAUCAUUUUCGUCUGGGUUCAAGUGAGCCCCGUGCAGGGGUUGUGGGAUCCUACCAUUCCAGCACAUCGCUGGGAUGAGAGGAUUUCUACAGACUCUACAUAUUUGACUCAAGGGUUCUUCGCCUUUUCUGACCUUGCCUACACGGUGCUACCAAUUGGAAUAAUUUGGAAUCUCAAUAUGCGCCUCCGUCAACGAAUCGGGUUGUCUGCUGUACUCGCUCUUUCUCUCCUAACUAUGGGAGCAACAAUUGCGAAGACGGUCAUCACACAAGAAGCGUCGACUCGAGCCAGGUCCGGAGAUACAAGUUACGAUUUGCCCUAUGAGACCUGUUUGGCUACCGUGUGGGGCGCUGUUGACCAGUGUCUACUCAUAUCUCUGGGAUGUGUGCCCUUACUUUACAAAGCAGUAGGACCGAUUCUGGAAAAUUCAUUCUCACACAUUUCCAACAUGUUUUCCGCGACCAUUUCCAGGCUCAGUGGUAGCAAUCAGGGGAGAACAACCAAAUCGUCUCAGACAUCUAGCGGGAGAUCUGGUCCAUUCAGGAACAGGAGUGUGGGAAAACGCUCAGGCUAUGUGGAUCUUGAGUUGGAUCCUCGAAUGAAAAAGUUAGGGAGCGGUAGUGGCGGUAAUACUGAAACGGAAUUGCUGCAAGUCAAAGUCACUUCGGGAGAGCGACAAGGAAGUACGAAGCAGAACGAAGAGCCGGGAAACAUACGCCGCACGGACCAGGUUCAAGUAACAUACGACGACCGCGCGAGGGCCACAGAGAAUAUUGGAACGAAAAUAUGCUAA